AUGUUCGCACUCGUCUUCAACACGCCAGCGGACGGGAUCUUGUCAAUGCUUCGUGGCGUGGAUGAUCUCCGUCAACAUCAGCUGGGCGAAGGUCAACAAGCUCAAAAUGGUGUGAAGACCGAGGAGUACAUCCCCGGUUAUUUGUCGACAAACCAUGAUUUCGACCCGCAGACGGCGUCGUUUUUCUACGACUCUAGAGAUUCUGGUCGAGAUAUGAAGAUGUCCGCACCGUCACAAUAUGUUCUCGCAAAGACGGAAACAGACCAUGAAUUAUCGAAACUCGUGACAAUAAAACAAGAAGAGGACGACACUCUUCCACCUCAACGUGUUCCAAGUAAAGAAUAUCUGGCGGCGAAACGACAGUACGAACAAAAUCUCCUCAUGAGACAACAGUACUUGAUGUCACAAGCUGCGCUCUCAGAAGACCAAAAACAAUAUCUGAUCAGAAGAGGAGUAGUUACACCAUCUCAAACGGCUGACAAGCUUUCCCAUCCGGGUCAUUCUUUGCCAAAUAGGAGCUACGAUCGGCCAUCUGCUUAUCCGCAGCAUGUCACAACUUCAAAUGUUCAAUACUCGAUGGUUAUGCCCCCACAGGCAGCACCAACUAUGGCUUCGGGUGUUCAGAGAGUCCCGCCUCAUAUGAUAAUACAGCCACAAUAUCCGGCAAGAGUGCAGCCUACUCACAGUCAUGGUGUUCAGCGCAUUUCUAUUCGACCUGGAGUACAGUAUGCAAAUGUACCAAUGAUGCAUUAUAUGCCUUAUCAAGGAGAUUUUGAAACUCCAACAUACAUUUCUCAUCAAGGACAGGUGCAUCAUGUACCCCCACAAUCAGCAUUUGUUUACGCUCAGGAGGAAGGACCAGUAACAGUGCAACAUAUUCCAUACGGGUACGCUCAAGUCCCUAUGAACUACGCCCAAGGACCUGCAUUAGUUUUCGACAGCAAUGCGAACCUUCAACCUACCUUCAUAAGAGAGGAGACUAAUACUGGUAGAGAGUCACUUGGUACCGUUAGUGGAGGGAAGAAAGCUAGACUUAAAAGGAUGAGAGUACCAGAAGGGGAGGAAGAAAAUGAUACAGGAACGAAAAGGACGAGAAGUAGUAAACGAAAGAAAACAGACAAUGUUGCUGAAGGAAAUGCAAAUCAACACGAUGAUGUGAACAUUGAUGGACCGGCACUUCCUUUAACACACGGGGAAUUAUUGAAACAGAAGAAGAGGAACAUGGCGUUUCCGAAAGGUACAUUCCUUGUUCGUUAUGCGGAUUUGGACAGCGAUCAGUAUGCUGGACACAUUUGGCUUGUGGAUAACCAUCAACUUCUGCAGAAGUACACCUAUGAUGGCUUGGAUGCUUCUAACGUCAAGGUGUUCAGCCGUACUGAAAGGUACAGCGGUUGGCUUUGCACAUGUCCAUGGCUGUAUCAUCCACUCUCUGAUGUGAAAAGCAUUCUCGGAAACAUGGAAAAGGUGUCAAUCACGAAUUAUCCGACCAGAGAUGAGCUAUUUGCUAGAAGAGAGGAAGAAAAAUUGAAAGCGCCAGAACCUGAACCUAUGGAGGAACACCAAGAGACUGUACCUUCAGAUGGGGACCACUCUGGUGAUGAGCAUGAUAUCGACGUGAAUGACAAAGAAGAAGUGGAUGAUUUGCCUCUUUUCAAGACCGAACCUAUAGAAAUCUCCGCAGAAAACUAG